UGCUCCUCACCAAGUGUGUCACGUAAAUUACACUUGUUCAAAUUUCCAAAUCGAAGGGGGGCGGGGGGGGGGGGCACCACGCUUGUUAAACAACUUUAUAACAUCUCAAAUCACUCCCCAAAAAUACAUUAAAAGGCGUUAUCCUGCCUCGGCACGCUGCGAACAUUGUCACAAUCGGUGGCCAAGACCGUUGGCUUUCGUGACUCCCACACCAUCCUCGGGCCAAGUGUUUACCAAAAGAGACGUGCCAUAAUUACACACUUCCUGCGCAACGGGGGCACGGAAUAGAACGACCGCCGUCCCAUCCCCGAGCCGUGCCCCUCUCAUCUGCGAGCGAGCGGGGCUAGCGCAGCCGCGUGCGUGGCUCUCACGUGGGGAGGUGGGGGGGGGGGCGUGUUAGCGUGCGACGUGAGUGCUCGUUAACCCGAGAGCCGGCAAGGGAACUCGAGCGAGCGGACGGGACGCGUCUCGAUCCAUGUUGCGCGCCUCGCCCGCUCCACCGCAAACUUGCCACGGCGGAGCUAACACUCCGUGGGUCGGUAAGAAGUGCUGCAUCGUACGUUCCCAGGAGAGCGAUUUUUACUUCUUAAUUUUUUUGGAAUUGCAGCACGGCGGUGGAAGGAUGAAAUAAAAUAAAAAAAACUCUCGGCAAGUUCAAAAUCCAUUUUGCGGCUUCGUGAACAAGCAGCAGCAGCAGCUGCAGUCUCGCUGGAGAAGUUGUUGCCCAGCUGCGAGCGAGUGACCGACCGGAGCGCGAUGUGCUGACGUGCGGUUGCCUUGACGUCGUAAACGUGGUUCGCGUGGAGAUGACGCGCGACCCGGAGUAAGCGCUGCCCGGGAGCCAUGGCCUAAUUCCGUAAUGUGCGACGGGCGGCUCGUAAGAGGGCUCAGGUGGGAGUGGAGCUGCUGAACACGAGGCGUCGUAGUAUUAUAUAACAAACAAAAAAAUCCCAUCGCCGCCAGGCCCCCCAACGCGAACUCUGCGACCAACGAUGGAGGGUCAAGUGAAAGACCACAAGAAAAGUACACUGGCCUCUCGUCUGCCGCGGCUGACGCGCCGCUCUCCGGCACGGCCGUCCGCGAGCAGCGGUAGCAGCCCCCUGUGCGUUGACUCGGGCCCGAGCUCCACGUCGGGGAAGACCAGCAGCAACGGCAGCAGCGGCAGCGGCAACAUCGCCGGCAGCGCCGGGACAGGCGACUCGGCGGGCAAGCGCUUUAGCUUGUUCCGGCGCCCGUCGUUUGCGCUCCGGAGCAGCAGGAAGAAGACGCCGUCGUCCCCGACGGCGGCGGCGUCGGUGGCGACGCCCACGAUGGUGCCGAUGCGGCCGAUGGGAGGCGAUGCGGCCAACCGCGAUUCGAUGGGCAGCGGCGAGCGGGAGUUCAGCUUCUGCGAGUCGCCCCGUGACGGGUCCAACUCGGCCACCCUCGAGUCCAAGUCGAGCCGCUGCAGCAGCAGCGUGGACAGCAGGGAUGACGCGGCCUCGGGGUCCAGGUUCUCCCGAGGCUUCCGCUUCCCGACGGGCGGCGAGCGCAGCGGCAAGAAGGUGAAGCGGUCGCUCUCCGACUCGUUCGCCCGCGAGUCGCUGCUCACGUCGGCGACACGCGGCGUGUUCCGCAGCUGCAUCCGGCCCAACCGCAACUCGGGAGAGUUCGACAAGGCGGUGAUGACGGGCUACCGCAACGCCGCCGUGGCGCUUCCCUUGCUGGAGCUGGCCGAGGAAACGGAUCCUCGGGAGCUCCAGGAGAGGGUCGCUGCGCCGGCGCUUGCGGCGCCGGUAGAAGGGGAGGAGGAGGAGGAGCGGUCGCCAGGCGUGGACUCCCUUGAGGCGGCCGCGGAGAGGCCGCUGAGGUUCGUGAAGACGGCGUCGGCGGACAACGUGUGCGAGGUGUGGAGCCUGACAGGGUCGCGGGAGAGCUCCGUCUUCCAGAACAUUAUCGUGAAGACGCAGAGCACCUCCAGCCACGUCUGGGAGAGAAACCAAGCCGAUGCCGACGGCGAUGCGGCCCCCCGAGCCGGCGACGGGAAGAGUCCGCGUCGGCUCCACCGAGCGGACGGGCCGAACGCCGCCAAUCAAUCGGCGAUGAAAAACGCCAACGCGCACGCCGGCGCUGACCGAGCGGACGAUGACGACGCGCGGGGCUGCAUCGCGAAGCCCGCGGCAGCGCCGACUGACGGGCACCACGGCCGUAACCGUGCCGCCCCGGGAGCGUCUGUGCCGCACGUCGGCACCGCCAGCCCGGAGUCCCCGCGAAGGGCACAGGCGAGGGCGGACCCGUCGCGGCGCGGCCUUCCUCUCGUCGCCGAGACUCGCUCCGCGGAGAGGGAAGCCGCGGCGCCCGGCGGCGACGGGCGUGCCGUGGGCGGAUCGCGCUUUUUUUACCAGGGCGGCUCGGCGCAUCGCCCCGCGACCAACCCUCGCGGUGUCGGCGCUGGCGCCGGUCCGACGGCGGCGGACGCGCCGGCCCCCUCCGGGGACGUCGCCGGCGCCCGGGAGGUCGACCCCCGGCGCACGGAGAGCGGCCCCGAGAGCUUGGCGUGGAGCGUGGCCCAUGAGCUGCACAUCGAAGAGGUGGCGGUGGCGGCCGCGUGCUGGGACGAGGCGCCCGGGGCGGUGGAGGGACCCGGCGCGGACCCUGGCGGAGACGCCGGCUUUCCGCACAGAGUUCUUCCGCUGAAGGCGGGCGGCAGGGCGCAGGCCGGGGAGUGUCUGCGGCGGCUGUCCGAGGGCUCGGAGGGAGACGGAGCGCUAAACGACGACAAUGACGACGGCGGCGGCGUGGCGGUUACUGCGGCUGCGAUGCCGGUGCCGGCGUCGCGGCACCGGCAGCACGACGAGGACCGGAGGGACCGCGGCGAGAGCUUCGCCUCCUCUGGAGUCAACAGCAUGGACAUGCUGCACAGUCUGGGCUCUCUGGAGCUCGAUGAGGAUGACCUCAUGCUUGACUCGGAGCACCUUGAACUAUCGCUGAAUGGGCUGAGCUUGCUCACAGGUGGCAUUGAGCCGCUGCAAAGCCCUGGGGACAUUCGGCAACUGAAUCUCCAGCGCUGGACAGAGAACGCACAAAGGGGCCGCACCCGGACGCGCUCUGAGUGCUCGCAGCCGGAGAGAGCGGAGCAGCCGGACCCCGCAGGGCCUCCGCAUCAGCGUACGAGUUCGGCCCACGCAAGCCACCUGACCUCCCUCCUUCCCUCGCCGUCGCCGGCCACCCCCGAAGACGGCGGCGGGAACGGCGCUCCCCCGCCCAGCUCCCCCAGCGUGCGCCACCACGGCUGCUCCCUGCCCCCCCUUGGAGGGAGCCCCCCGUCGCGAGUGGCUAGCCGUCACCCCCGCUCCCCCCUCGAGCUGCCCUGGUCGUCGGAGGAGGGCCUUUGCAGCCCCGAGCAGCGUGGCACCACCUACAGGCACAUAAUGGCCGAAUGCACGGCGCUCAAGACGAUGCUGUUCCGCUUGCGGAGAGUGCUACAUGAGGACUCGGAUGUGAGCCUCACGCCUGCCACUCCGCCGCCGGCGUUCCCCGGCGGGAAGGAGGAGGCCGACUGCAUUGAUCAGGUUCUGCUACUGGAGGAGAUGGAACGACUCCGGGACAAAGUCCGAGAUCAGGAGAUGAUGAUCGAGCGACUGCAGGUGGAGCUGGAGGAGAGAGGCAGGGACGGAAGAUCGGCGUCUGUCGCGGCGGGGAGCUCCUUCGAGUCACGGCCCCCUCGCGCCGAGCGCGGGACCCAAACCACCGAGCCCACGCAGCCCGCGAACAAGGCCACGGGGCCACGCAAAUCCUUUUUGCCUGUGCGGACGGCACGAGGCCCGCGUCCAGACAAGCAGACCAUUUUCUUCAGCGCAGUCCGAGUGCACAAGACGUGCCGCCGCCCGACUACAGACACAGUGGCCAGCGUAGCGGCCACUUUGGCAGCCACACGGCCAUCCGCGGGCCCCAGUGAGGCAGCUCGGCCAGACCUCCAGUUUGCCGAUCGUUUUCAAGCUUCCCAUGACGAAUCCUCUGGACGCGUCGGGGACCUACUCGUCAAAACGGAACUCGUCGCGACUGCAGAAUUGUCCCGGUCGCUGCAGCAGCAGCAGCAGCAGCAGCACGCAUCCGACGGCCUUUACCGCUGUGGGCCCUGCAGCGUCCUUAUUGAUCGCGACGGCAAAACGGCGAGAGCAAAGGACUCGGGCGAGUGCAGGUCUUGCGCGAGCCCGCGAGAGCGGUUCUUUGAACCGCAGUCUCACUGCGGACCUUGCGCCGCCUCGGCUUCCGCCGCGCCGGGCGAAAGCGAGGCGGCGCCGGCACGGCCUCCGGGUGAAAGCAGCCGGCCGGUCGGCUCGUGCGACCCCGCACGAGGCGGGCCGGUCGAAGGCUUCCGCGCGGGAAUCGCCCCCGUCGUGUCCCGGACGGCGGGGGCGAAGAACGGCGUCGACGACGCGUCGGUCGACCUCCGGAGGCACGCCGCCUGGGUAUCGGUGGGCGACGGGCGCGGCGAACGCGCCGACUUCGCGGCCGGCGCCGCCGGGUAGCGGCCGCCUCGAUAGCCCCGCGCCAGGCCUGUGUGCCUCGACCGGGAAUGGCGAACCGGUUGACGGUUCGGAGGACAGAUUUCCUGGCCCGCGGCGGGACGAACCGACGAGCGGAUGGCAAAGCCAAACGGGGCGACCGUGCGACCAGAUGCGAGGACUGGGUCACCUGACGUCGAUCCCCAUGGCAGGAGGAGGAAGAGGAGGAGGGGACUUGAGGUGCUUCUCAUCACCGCUCCCGGGGCACUUAGCGGAAUGGGUCUGCUCCGAAGGCGAGAUUGCAGAUAGCGGCUCGGGUAUUGCGGUGUCUGGAGAAGGAAAUUGCUGUCAACUUAUCGCUCAAGACAAACCCGGUUUUGUUGUCAGUGUUUAAUUCUCCAGAUGCCUUUUUUGUAAUCUCUCUCUCUCUUUACCUUCAUGGGAAUGAAGGUUGUUUUUUUUGUGGAGCUGUUUAUUGGGGAUAUUGAUUUUUGUUGAUACGAUACAUAAAAGAAGGGCAGUGAUCUACUUUAAUGCACAAUACAUAAAGUACAAUAACACACAGAUUAUGAGUACCACAUUAAUAACAAUAGCCAUAGCGGUGGCCUGCUUUAUGUGGUGUACAUAAGGUGUAAAUUUUUCGACAUUAUAUCACACACACGGAACGCAGUAGAGGUUAGAAAGUUGAAUUCUCCAAAAAGUAGAUUUGUGGUUCAGAAACACAAACAAAUACACGCACGUACCCACGCCACUUGAAUGCAUCGUGUAUUCUUAAACGAAAAAACCCAAACUCUUUGUACAUAUUAUUUCUUGAGACAAAUGUCCAAGGACAUUUUGAUGGCGUGAAUAGAAGAAGACCUUUUAAACACUUGUGCUUUUCCAAGCGUUAUCAAACAGGGGCGAGUGCUGGAAGACUCCGUAUAGGAAAAACGUCGAGUGACAGGAAUUACUUUAAAAUGCAUCGGGCGAGUCGAAUGUAUAUAUGAGAUAAAAAAAAAUCCACGUUUCUUUAAGGGUACAUCUCAAAAUAUUGCACAUUCCAUUGUAUUGUACAGGAUAAGUAAACACUCUUACACUGGGUUUCUAAUGACUGUAAACGAUUGUUUUUGUUUGGUAUCUACUUGUUGUGUGGGCACAAUGCAAUUUACAUUGAUGAGGGGGGUGGAGGAGGCGGUAAUGGAGAGGCUUGGCUGGAGGUGGCCAAUCGGAGAACAGCAUUGUGGUGGUACAGGGUGGACAGCGGCAGGAGCUGGGAGUAGUUGCUCGAUUCCGGCGGGGGGGGGGGAUGGUUUCUGUGGAACCUUUCACUCAUCACUCUAUGGGGCAUUCUCAGGCUGCACUGCGCAUUGUUCGUCUUGAUGUCCGACGUUUCACUCCACGUGCUUGGGAGCUCCAUCAGUUCUCAAAGUGAUUCUCCAUGUGCCGGGGAGCUUGUUGAGGAACCGAGGAGUUGAACAAGGUCCCACCGAGCACGUGGCCGUGCCGAACAUUGCGCUGUACAACCCGAAAACGUGUGUUGAGAUGCAGAAUGUUAAUGUUGUUGCUGUGGCGAACUCCUCCAUAUCUCCACGGCCUGAGCGCGCUCCGCACCGCGUGUGGGUCUGACGUCCCCACGUGUUUGCGUGCGCAAGUGCAACGACGCCUAUUUAUUUGCACUUAAAUAUAUAUAUUGCGCGCGACGUUGCCCCGUGUAAGGUCCACUUUUCUCCGCUCUUUUGGGCCGAAGCCGCUCGGGUUGGAUGCAGACGAGCGGCUGUCUUGUCUGUCUGGGAUGGCGGCGCGCGGUUGUGUCCCUGGACAUUUGAGAUGCGACGCCUUCCACCUUCCGUGCUGUGAUCACGAAGUGUGAAUCUUUCGCAUCUUCGACCCAUGCGCGUGCGUGCGCGUGCGCCUGUUGGCGCAUAACGCUGCAACGAAUGAUAAACGCCGAUUCCAGUUGGUUGUGCGGGACAGGUGGCUUCAAUAUGUAAAACAAUAUGGCCCACUUGAGAGUCAUUUUUGUUGGUACGUUUUUUGAGUGACAGUAAGCGCACUGUGGAUCGCGAUGCUCGUGUGCGAAUAUGUACGGCUGCCUGGGUCUCGCACCGCAUCACUCCACGGCGAAUUGUUUUUCGCUUGUUACGCAGCGAUAUUUUAUUAAUAUUUUAAGCCAUAGGUGAACAAGCAAAACCGUGCAUUGAAUUACUUGAUGAAGUACUGUGGGCAAGAACAGAUGUUAUGGGGUGUGUUGUGGUUGGUCUCUUUGAGGGCGAAUAUAGAUUUAAUUACAAUGGGAGGGGUGGGUGUGGUCUAGCCGCAUGCUUUUCCAGAACAAAUUAUAAAACGCCGCUCGCAAACACGGAUGUCCAGCCCGCGAUGCACAAGCAUCGCGUGCAUUCGAGGCAUCCUCUGGCCUCGUCACAACGCGUGAAAUGUAACGGAAGGUUUAACAUGCAGCCGAAAUGUAACAACUGUGAACGUGUUAAAAACCACAAAAACAUCAAUGUACAAAUAUAACAAUCGAGGAAACUUUGCAUCUCUUUUGUAAAGUGACCACGCGCAAGGGAUGUUCCGUACAGGAGUCCUGACCCCCCCUCCCCCCAGCUCCUGAUGUUAUCACCACAGCGCUUGCGGGGAGGCAUCUUCAAGCGGGGUGCUGUGACAUCCCUUCGUUGCCAAGCAACUCCCAAGUGUGCCCGAUGGUGGCCAACCUCUUCAGUGUUCUUCUCAUCGUUGUGCACGCGGUGUGUGCGUGCGUGUGUGUGUGCACGCGCGCUUUGCGUUGCGGGCACGCGCGUGCAGAGUUUCUCGAGUGAUUUCCACGCUGAUGAGACACCGGAAUCGCAUCCCGCACGCGCUCCCCACGGGAUGUGAGUGUGUGUGCACGCGCGUGCGCUGGCCGGCACCGCGCGCCCGGCCGCCUUUGUCUAACCAGUGGCGAUGUUUGCUACACAUCGCACCAGGUACUUAUUUAAGGCUGAGUCGACCUAGGGGAGGCCCAGCACCGGUUCAGACAAUUGUCACUGGCGUUGGCCGUGAGCGGGGAAUCGAAGCCCGGUCGCCUGGUUCGUAACGCAGCGCGCCAACUGGUACGCUACCACUCGCCACGCACGCACAUAUGCGCGCGCACACACACUGGAGCGGAUAACCCCCUACGGCCAGUUACGUGCAGCGGCGAUAGUUAUUUGUGGUACGCCUGUGCAAUAUGGGAGAGCGGUUGCACUUCUUGCAGCCGACAAAGGGAGGAGAUAAACUAUGUUGUGCUCGUGUAGGGUUUUUUUUAAACUACCAUUCUUUGUUACCCGUUCUUUGUAUCAGCAGCAGUGCUUUUUUGUGUCUAGUGGGUAGCUGCACAUUUUAAUCUUUUUCCAGUAGUAUGUGAUGGGUGUUUUAUGUUUUUUACGGGAUUCCCUCCAUACAAGGUUCAAAACACUCUUAACUGAUUUUAUGCGAAGGUGUUGCUGAUUGUUGGUACGGAUAAAAAAAAACGUUCAAUGGUUAAAGUUUCACCUGUGAAAAAAUAAAAAUGUCAAAGUCUGAAUUUCACUCGUA